UCCAUAUGAUUCACAUCAAUUAUCCCAGCCCCAACCCAAUUUUUUUCACAUUUUAGCAUACCACAAUCCACUGGUGCGUAAUUCGUCCAUACCACAACCGGUAUUAAACUAAUUUCAUUUAAUAGUGUAUGUCAUUCAUUAAAAUCAGUGACGAUGGAGGAAAUUCUAUCUAAACUACUCGUGGCCAACAGUAAAGUCAUUCAACAGGGCACCAAAGAACUAAAGGAAGCUUUCAAAAAACCAGAAGCGAUUCCCGCCCUUUGCGAAGUGAUUGUUUCCUCCUCAAAUCCCCAAAUUAGACAAUCAGCUGCGGUGCUGCUUCGAAGAAAACUCGGCAAAAAACGACAAUGGAAUAAACUGGACGCAGAAACAAGAAAUAGAAUUAAACAAGGGAUGCUACAAGCCCUUGUCAAUGAACAGGAAAAGUUAGUCAAAAACGCAAUUGCACAGUUUAUUGGCAUUCUAGGCAAACAUGAGUUUCCGGAAAACACGUGGCCGGAAGUCUUGCAAUUUAUACACACUUUGUGCAGCAGCGACAAUCUCUUCGACCGAGAGUUGGGGAUGUACACCUUGUCUAUAAUGACUGAAAUCUCGCAAGGCUCUUACAUAACCCAUGCAGAUUCUUUUGCGGUGCUUUUUACGAAUAUUUUGAACACUCUUCCUGAGUUGAAUUCGAAUCUAGGAUACUAUACAGUGGUGACUAUGAACAAUUUAGUGUCUGUAAUAGGUGGACAUCAGCAAAUGGUAAACGUUUAUCAUAAUUUACUCCCCCGUGUGUUAGAAAUAAUCAACGCAUUUGCUCAAGAAGACGAAAAACGCGCUUGCGAACUAUUUGAAAUCCUCGAAGAGUUGAUUGAGUUUGCUGUUGCUGUGGUGGUACCACAUGUACGACUGAUUGUAGAAAUGUGCCUUCGUAUCGGUAGUGACAACACCAAACCCACAACAGUCCAAAUUAAGGCAAUUAGUGUUGUGGGUUGGUUAAUUAGGUCCAAGGGCAAGGUUAUACAAAAAAAUAAACUCGUCGAACCGAUUAUCAAUGUUUUGAUACAAUUGAUGGCACAACAGCCUGAUGACGACGUCAACGAGGAGUACUUCCUAGGGGAUCCUGACCAAUUCACGUCCAUUACUAUAGCCACUCAAACGCUGGAUUUAAUCGCUUUGCAUAUACCAUCAGAGAAGGUUGUCCCCUAUUUACUGACCAGAGUGGAACCAGCGUUACAAGGGAACGAUAUUUACGCCCAAAAAGCGGCCUAUUUGGCCCUAGCUGUGCUCGCAGAAGGAUGCUCAGAACGGAUAAGACACAAAUAUUUAGAACCGUUUCUCAAGUGCGUUUGUAAUGCGAUUCACAAUCCGAAUGCAGUGGUCAGGAAUGCGGCGUUUUUCGCACUAGGACAAUUCGCCGAACAUUUACAACCCGAAAUCAGCCAAUACGCUGCCGAACUCCUGCCAGUCCUCUUCGAAUACUUGGGUCAGGUUUUCGCCCAAAUGGAAAAAGAUAAAUCGGAAUCGGCCAGUCUGGAUCGUCUUUUCUACGCCUUGGAGACAUUCUGUGAAAAUCUCGACGAGGGUUUAAUGCCCUACUUACCAACCCUAAUGGACCGUUUAUUCGUCGCACUUGAUCCAAACGGAUGGUCCCUGAAACUGAAACGAAUCGCUUUAAGCACUCUCGGCUCCGCCGCUAGUGCUGUAAAAGAGGGCUUAUUGCCUUACUUCCCCAAAAUAAUUGAAGUGCUCAAUGUGUACAUCAACGCCGAUCCGAAUAUAGAAAUUCACCAAAAUCAGAGCUAUGCCAUUGAGGCCCUCGCCGUGAUUGCGCAAUUCAUCGGUGUUGAGAAUUUCAAGCCAUUGGCGGGCGAGUCUUUGCAACUCGGAUUGAGAAUUUUGGAAGAAACUGAUGAUCCUGAUGUUAGAAAAAGUGUUUAUGCGUUAUUUGCAGCUCUUGCGAUUGUGAUGAAAGAGGAAAUAAGUCCAGUUUUACCGAAAAUAGUCGAACAAAUGAUCAAUAGUAUACAAAGCAGUGAAGGGAUUGUCACACAUUACGAAGACGAAGAAAAGGAAGAUUUAGACGUUUAUGCCGAUCUUUCAGACGACGAUGAAGAAGAAGAGGAAGAUAUUGAUACAGUAUCAUCUAGUAGUGCCGAUUCGACUCAUUGUCGCUACUCAGUCGAAAAUUCCUAUAAUGAAGAAAAAGAACAAGCUUGUCUGGCACUUAGGGAAAUUUGCAUCAACACUGGGAAUGCGUUUUUGCCAUAUAUCGAGAAGAGUUUUGAGGAGAUUUUCAAAUUGAUAAAUUACCCACAAGACGACAUCCGGAAAGCUUCAGUCGAAGCCCUCCUCCAAUUCUGUAUCGCAUUACACAAAAUUCACUCAAAUGAAACCAAACAAGCUCUCUAUAAAGCAUUACAAAUGUUUGUACCGAAAUGUGCCGAACUUAUCCGAACUGAUGAGGAACGCGGUGUUGUCAUGUGUUGUUUAGACGCUUACGCCUCCUUACUUGACGAAGUCAAAAGUGACGUUUUGGUGGGGGAGGGUCAUCGGGAGGCUAUCAUGAACUGCGUCAUUGACGUCCUUACGUUAAAAACAAUGUGUCAAGACACGGAUUUAGAUGUUAAUCCUGAAAACACUGAUGAUGAAACUGAAGCUGAACAAGACGAAUUGUUGUUGGAAUCGGCCGGUGAUGUGAUUCCGAAAUUCGGGGCGGCGAUCACCCCCGACGAUUUUCUCCUCUACUUCCCCAAUGUGCUUCAAUUGUUGACACAGAGAACUAAAAAACAGCACAGUGUGAGUCAGCGUUCGUUCGCGUUCGGUACUUUAGCCGAAUGCAUGAAGUCGCUCGAUGUGUACGUCGAGAAGUUCGUCCCCCAUUUGUUGCAUUUGUGGCUCACUGGGGCGAAAGACGCCGCCGAUGAGGUGCGAAAUAACGCGAUUUUCGGCCUUGGCGAGAUGAUUUUGCACGGGAAGGAGCGGAUUUUCGGGUAUUUCCCCGAUGUGCUCCAGGCGCUGUCCACGGCGGUGGCUAAGGAGGCACACGCGGGGACUCUAGACAACAUUUGUGGGGCUUUGGCCAAGAUGAUUAUUGUCAAUCCGGGCGGGGUUCCCCUGGACCAGGUGCUCCCGGCGUUCCUCCAACGGCUGCCCCUCCGCGACGACUACCAAGAGAACGAAGCGGUGGUCAAGUGUUUCUUCACGUUGUACCAACAGGGGAAUCCCAUUCUUCGCGAGCAUUUGGCGAGUGUUAUCAAAAUUCUAGUGCAAGUGUACGAAAAGAAACAAUAUCCUAAUGAUGAAACCAAAAAUAUUCUAGUGGAACUUAUCAAGACUAUAAAUAGGGAUUUUAGUGAAGAAUUUGGGAAUACAGUGUCUUCCUUAGGACCAGAAGUGACUAAAUCGUUGCAAAAUUUGUUUGCUACUUCGUAAGACCAAAACCUUAAUUCCUGUCCUGGCAAUCUCAGAAGUUUUUUUUUUUUUUGGGACAUGUGUUAAUGUUUUUUGUUGAAUCAUAUUUUUGUUUAUUUAUUGUAUCUGUGUACCGACUAUAAUAAUGCAUCUUAAGAGUUUUAAAGUGAUUACUACCGUUUUUAAUAAAAAAUUGCUUCGA